AUGGGUUCAGCUGAAAAUGCCACAACGCCCACCAGUGUCGACCAGCAUAUCAAGUUCUCCCAGGCAGGGCAACUCAGUACGCCCGAGGAGUGGGUUACACGCGCGAGGGACGUCGCUCAGAAUCUUACCCUAGACGCCCCGCAGCGUGAUAUCCGGGACAAGUCGCCAUCCAACGAGAUACAGCUCCUAAAAGCUUCUGGGCUCACAAGCUCUUGGGACCCAGGAAAACACCGCGUACAGAAUUUGAUCCUGGACAAUAACUGGUUCAUUGGUAGCGCGGUGAACUCGCGCCACGCCGACCUCAAGACCACCAGCGACGGUGAUGAGAUUGUGUUCAACGGCUAA